AUGGCCAACCUCAAGCAUAUGUCUCCCGAGCUACUCCUCCUGAUCCUGAAGGACGCGUGCUUGUCGCGACGGGACUGGAAAUCUUUCCGCCUGGCCUCUCAAGUCUAUGAGCCGUACGCCUCGUCUCUGCUGUUUCGCCGGAUCAGGAUCUCCCGCCUGAGGGAGGAUCUGGAAGCCCUCGAGAGCAGCGCGGCACGCCCCACACAUCGCACAACAUAUCAGGAGAAGUCGUGGGGAGUUACUGUGCCGGAUGCCCACGAGGCGGUACAGGAGAUAGGUUUCACGUCGCUCACCCAACUGAUGGUCGAUGCGGCUGCCGACCCGAAUCUGUUCUGGAUUCCGAGACAUCAUGACGAGUCAUCGCAGCUGUCGCAAGCCUCGCCCAACGGUCUAGAUUCAGAAUGCAGCAACAGAACCAGCAGCAAGAGAACCAGCAGCCUACAGACUGAUUUCUUCUCGGCACUCGACCGGAUGCCCAAUCUCCGCAUUUUCCUGAGCAGUCCCAUGCCCGAUCGUCGAAGCUUCCUGUACAACAAGUACGUGCUUCAAGCAGAUAUGUAUCGACUCCAAAGCGAUUCAAGCGUUAGCCACGCCCACGACGGUCUCUUCUCGUAUAUGCUACCAGCAGCGGCCCGUCACGAGUCCAAGAUUCGUAGCCUGUACUGGGCAGACGAGAAGCACUACACAGCUUUAACAGCGCGUCUGAAUGCUAGCGUCUCGGAUGCCUUUAGAGCAUUGACCUCUAUCAGUUAUGCCUUAGCCGCUUUCCCUUUCCUACGGGCGGUUCUGAAGAAGAGCUCGUGA